AUGGGGAACCAAAUCUGGGUAAUGGAGAAGGAGCUCGUCUUCGAUGGCAAGUUCCAUACAGUGGGCACACCUCGAGACUUCCUCGAUAUCGCCGUUAUUCUUAAGAAAGGAUCGCUUCGUACUAUCCUGUGUUCGAUAUUUUGCAAAUUGAUAAUUCAUCCCUGCUCAUCCAAGAACAGGAAAAAACCAUGUGACUCAGGGGGACUCAACAAGGUCGAGAAGCGUAGCGUGACAUUGACUUGUUGGAUGAGGACAUAGUGAAAACAAAGUACUACUUCUAAAUUUCGCGAUUCCUUUAUGUAUCUUCUUCCGGAUGUGAACACAGGCGCACAUCGUAUCGAGAACCUGCCACCGGGCGGCUAUGUUUACCAGCCCGCUCCAACCGACCAGGUUGUGAACGAACCAGGAAGUGCGCAGGUGGUUGGUAUGAUCUAAUUACUUCAUGUUUCUCUUUGUGGUUAUAAGUGAUUAAUUUUUGUUGUGAUUGAGAUAACUCCUAUCGCAAAAAAUGAGAUAGUCGCCCUUGUUGUACUAAAAGAAAGAGCUUUGCUGUAUCCUUCGUUUUUCUGCGAUUCCUUUUAGACUGGCGAAGCGUAACUCUAACAUGAGUGCUCCAUCAUCCGGUGCUGAAUCAGGCGGAGCGGAGAGUAAUGCGAGGAUCGAGUUCGAGCCAACAACAGGAGAUGGUGAAGCAUGGCGUCCUCUUGACUCAUUUCAGAUAGUCGCACAAAAAGGUGGCUAUCCUCUGUACCAAAUUGUCGAUGUGGCAGUCACAGAUACGGGAUUCCGGUAUCGUACAGUUAUAUGCCGCCAGUUAGUUGAUCACGACGAGACCAGUGGCGAGGAUCCUUUAGUGCACACACGUUUUCUUCUCGAAUACUCGACUGAUUACAGUUGCGAGUACCUCGGGGAAACAAAUUAUGAAAGUGUCUGUUGUGUAGUAGCUAGUUGUAAUGGUAGUUGUGUACUUCUUUCGAUGUUUAGUAGGAAGUAGGUAAGCGCUAUCAAGGGCCUAACGUCGUUUGUCUUAGGACGAAUAGCGUAAGUAAUUUAGUACCAUCACCCUCAUUACAACCCGCUGAUGGCGAUCAGCCGCGCACUCUAAGUCUCUCAGACGCGAACCCAUCGACGGGUUUUCAACUUUCGCCAGAGUGCGGAGACCGGCGUUGGCAAAUGGUUUCCUAUCUAUCACCAAAUGAAAUACGCGCUCAUUGUUGAAGAAAACAUCAAGUGGAAGCAGCUCUGUGAACUCCUCGCAAAAAAGAAGCGAAGCCGGGUCGAGGGAGAAAAUUUAUGUACUCUGAGAGUCCUUAACCUUAUAGAUACCUGGGAGGCACUUAAUACCCAGGCAGUAGAUGAUGUAGUAACACGAAUGUAGUUUUAUUCGUUGCUCUAAUCCCAACAGCGGUAGACACUAGUGCCGGAGGCACGGGAGCUGGGAGCACGCAGCCACUGUCGGAGUCUGGUCUUUCCGCGCCGCCGCCAAUAGUGCUGCCAGCGGGCGUCACUAUUCAGCAAGAAAUGGCGUCGUUGGGCGGCGAAAAUGAGGAACGGGGUCAGUUGAUUCGAAUCUAACGAGGGGAAAAAGUCGGGAUAUUAGUGCUGAUUCUGAAAAGUUAUUGUACCUUUGCCAGGGCAUUUCAGUGAGCGCUGUUUGAGACAUUCUGGUGCAUUUCUUGCCAAAGGGCAAGCAAACGCUUCUGUGAUCUGAAGAACAUCUCAAUUUUGCCUAUUUCGUGAAGUGGUCGAGCACUUGCGUGCUGUAUGCUCUCUAAGCACAGGUUGUUGACGGCUGAGUAUGCCUUGGCGGCAUAACCAUAGAUUAGCAUACUUUCCCCUCUGGGCGCAUGGAUGUAAAGCAGUUGAUUGUUGUCGUGAGUAUUGUUUUUUCAUUGUCUAAUUCCUACUAUCUGUUUUGGUUUUCUCGGAAUCAAUUCCCAGAAUAGCUAUCGUCGAUCCACGACUCUGUCAGAAAACGCAAAGGCCAGUCGUAGUGCAUUGUUUUGGAAGUGGUACUGUUGUAGAAGGUAGAGCAGUGAAAGUUGUUUCCUUUUCUGCGAUCUCGCUGCAUGGCAUGCUGACAUGUACACUCGGCGUCUUCUGCGAUCAUUCACUGAAGCCGGCUUGAGGAAGGCCUAAG